AUGGAGGAUAGUCUUAGCCAAUUGCCAGAUGAAGUGAUUGUAUCAAUUUUGUCUCAAAUGACAAUUAGAGAAGCAGUCCUAACAAGUUCCCUUUUAAUUCAAUGGCAGUAUCUCUGGAUGCAUGUCACACGUCUCAAAUUCGAUGUUUCACAGUUUAUUACAUGGAAGAUGUUUUAUUAUCCAAGGUUAUGCAGAAAGGAAGGGAUGAAGCAUAUCAAUUUGAUUAACAAUGUUUUAGAUUUCCACAAGGGUGCUCACUUAGAAGAAUUCACUCUCUCGUUUCCUUUUCAUAAGCAUUUUAAGCGUGUAAUCGAUAAAUGUCUCAACUUUGUAGUAUCAAAGAAAAAGGAUGGAAAUCAAAUGCUUCUCGAGAAUGUUACUUCAGUUCUUACUAUUGAUUUCAAGAUGAGUAGAGCAUUGAUCUGUGAACUUGUUCAUACGUUUACAACCUAUUUCACUCUACUGACGACACUUUCACUUGAAUUUGGUCAUAUGGGGAUGAAUCAUUGUUUUCUUGAUCAUUCUUUGCCAAAGUUCAACAAUCUCAAAGUGCUUGUGUUGAAAGUCGUAGGCAUGACGGAUGAAUCCCAACUUGGUAUUACUCCACUAAUAGAAGCAUCUCCAUAUUUACAAAAACUGCAUAUUGAGCUUGAAUGGUGUGAAACGACAAUCUUCAAAAAUAGAAUUAUACGGAAAAAGUGUCCCCAUCAACAUCUCAAAGAAGUUAAAUAUAGUGGUUACCUUGGUGGUUUUGCUGACAGGAUACUUACAACUUACCUUACUAAAAAUAGUGUGGCGCUUGAAACAUUCAUUAUUGUUCCUUUAGAAUAUGAUGCUCAAGAAGCAAGAGGUCGGGCUCGACGACAACUACAAGGAAAAAUUCUCAAACGAGUCAAGCUAGUGAUCUUUUAG